AGGUCCAUCCAGUGGUAGACAUGAAAGUGGUUCUGGUGCUCGUCAGUGUGUUCUUCACUAAAGCACUAACACUGCAGUGCUAUGAAUGUGUCGAGGAGUCACCGCAUACUUGUAAAAGAAGUCGGGAAUGUUCAGAUGAGUGCAACAGCAACACUGCCACCUUAAGCCUGGGUGGCGUACAGCUGGCCCAGAGUUUGCGGUCUUGCCAGCCGGCAGUCUUUUGUGUCACAGGGAGAAUAAAUGCAGGGCUUCUGAAAGCGACCGUCAACUCCAAAUGCUGCCGGACUGACCUCUGCAAUAACCAUGUAGUCCCAGCUUUACCGAAACAGUUUCCCAACGGGAAGAAGUGCUGUGGCAAUAACGACUGCUCAAAUAUUGUGAAGUGCGAGGGAGACGAGGAUCGCUGCAUUAAUGGAUCAGUUAAUCCGUUUGUUAAGGUGUCUCUGAAAGGAUGUGCCAGCAAGAGCAUCUGUGACGGGCUCGUGUCCAUCUCACACCACUUUAACGUCACUGCGGAUAUUAAGUGCUGUGAGGGGAACCUGUGUAACACUGCUAUCAGCAUUAAUCUGGGUCUCCUCAUCAUGCUGGGGUCUCUACUGACCUCCAUCCUCUUCCCCUGAACCAUUUCGUGGCCUUUUCCAGAAAUACUGAAACUACAACACAAGCUUUUAUUAGAACGAUGAAAUGGUCAUCAUAUCCACUGCUGUCCCGUAUAUUGAUUAACAUGUUUGCUGUAACUUUAUCUUCAGGUGCUUCUUAUCUGGGCCUUUAAGUGAUCGGUUUAAUGUGUUGCAUAAAACAUCCUACUGCUGUAAGUGUGAUAAACCCAAUAAACCGUGUAAAGACUUUUAUUUCUAAUUUCUCUAAUCUCUAAUUAAAGUUUCAGUUGAUCAGCAUUAAA